UGUGACUGUGGACCUGUGGACUCUGUGGCUCUGUGGAUUGUGGACGCGGAACAAACUAAAAACAUUAUUGGCGGGAACGCUGCAAGAAAAUGUGCACAUGCGCACAGACGAGAAUAGAGAUUGAGAAGUUAAAGCGCUUUUUCGCACUUGUGUAUUGUGUGUUUGUUUUUUAUUUAUUCCUUCAUUCAAAAACGUAUCUACUAUUCAUAAAAAAAUUACGGUGAAAAGGAUGAAUAAUGAUAAUCUUAUUCGAGAAGUUGAGAAAAGAUUUAAUGCAAAAUGUUACCGAACAAACAACACAUGGUUCAGAGAUUGUGUCGAAUAUUAUCUGAGCGAGCAUCACAAUGCAACGGUCGCAGAAGUCCUGGAAUUCGUGAUAGCGCAAUGGCAAUUGAGUGAUUUUCGUGAAAUUAGUACCGAAAAACCAUGUUUGCCUGCAAAUUUGGCAAACGAAAAAUCUACAACCCUGCAAGGCCGUUUCGUCCUUCAGAUGGAGAAAGUAUAUGACAUAUCCGAGUCAAAGUAUAAGCAGAUUCAAAAAAUUCGCUCUAUAUCGGAUGACAAUAUCAAAGUAACAGAGGCUGAACACACACAAGCUAAUUGGGAGCCAAAGAAAAAAAGGAUGUUAUAUUUUCUUCUAACAGAUGGAUCUCAAGAUGUGGUUGCUAUUGAAUACAAGCCGAUUAGAUUUCUUAACCAGGACAGUCUGUUGCCUGGCUACAAGUUAUUAAUCAAAGGUCCUGUCGCCUGUAGACGGGGAGUAAUUAUGCUAGAUGAAACAAAUGUGGAUGAAAUUGGUGGAGAGGUAGCCGACCUGCUAGUACCCAAUGCUCCUGAAAAUAUUUUAGCUAGAGCUCUGAAUUUGCCAGAGAAUCCAGAUCCUUAUAAAGAUCAUGAAGAAGCGACCACUCGUGCAGUGGAACACACUGCAUUAUUGAAUGAUGAUUUUGACAUUGAUAUCGACGAUAUAGCAAUAAUAGAGGCUGACGAAUGUAGGGUUGAAAAUCAUGCUCUACCUCCGGCAGACCCCCAACAAAAUAAACAUGGGCCUGGUUCAAUGAGAUUUGAGAAACCUCCUGUGCUGCAAUCCGCUCCAGUUUCUAGAACCGAAUCGGAUCUUUUGUUCGAUGAAAUCGACGAUGUUAUUUUCGACGAGGAUGCAAACUUCAGUUUGGAUCCAAUCCCACAGAAGUAUGGCAGUAGCGUUACAGCAUCGAGUUCGAAUUUUUCGACCAAACAAUCUAAAGAAGUGGACUCCGAUCUCACUGCAAAACCUAAGAAAAUCGAGGCCACUUCCAGAAAUGAACUUGUGCCAACGACGAAUAAAAACUUGGCACAAGUCAAACCAAGUUCGACGAUCGACACGAAAACGGACGACUGCCCAACGAAAAGACUCUCCGGAUUGAAAAUCAAUAUCGAAAAUCAAAGUAUUUCAACGUCCUCGACUGGACAAUUUGAUUCGAUCGAUACUUUGCCAAUGAAACCUACUGAAACAACAGCGAACAAAAGAACUUCUUCUGUUUUAUCCCCUCCCAUGGUAGAUACACCUGCAGAAAAAAUGCGCUGUCCCCAAACCACCAAAAAUUCGGGGAACAAUAAAAAAAUUACAGAUUGGAUAACGCAAGGCGUAGAAUCAUCAACUCAAUCACAAUCCACAGCUAACAACACGGCUAAUUCCAUAGCCAGUGUACUGGCCACAAAGGUUAUGGAUAAUGAUGUCGUCCACAAAAUUAUUAAGGGCAAAGUUACAAAACGCGGUAGUCUCUCAAAAAAUGGCCUAUUCUGGCAAUGGAAUGCAACGAUAACGGACAGUACCGGAAGUAUAGAUACUACUUUUUCAUCGGAGGUUCUUGAAUCCAUGCUGGGCUUUAGCGUCGAGGAAUUUUCGAAAAAGAGGAAAUUAAGAAAAACGGAUCCCAAUAUAGAGGCCUAUUUACGACAGCGUUUUCGCAGCGCGGAACAACAAUUAUUGCAACUCGACGAUUUCAUGGAGAUCGAAUUGAAGCCUAACCAGAAACCAAAAGUUAUUAAAAUAAGAGGUCCCAACGAUUAAUGAGAAGGUUUGCUACGACGAAGGUGAGCUUCAAAUGCGGCAAUAGUCACUCGAUUAGCCCAGCUAACAAAUAAAAAUGAAUAAUUUUUUCAUCUACCGAACCAAACUACUCGGAAUGUAGUAUGACCGUAGUAAAUUUUUCUCAAAUCAUUUUCGCUUUUGAAUUCUACCAAAUGAAGUCCUCGUGUUUUGAAAAAAAAAGGGAAUGCAUCAUUCAUCAUUUUAUAACUGACAUUGCAAACUUGUUUUAUCCCCUUUAUUUAUUAUGUAAAAAAGCACUGGAUCAGUCCCGAUUUUCGCAAUCGAAACUGCGUCAAAAUGUCCGUAGUUUUUUGUUUCGAGUCGAACUCUAUCUCUCCACUUUAUAAAACGAGCCGUAAAUAUUUGUCAUUCAUUUUCGUUUGCCGAUUUUCGAACCAAAUAAUAAUCAAAAUAUAUUGAAAUGUUUUUUAUCUUAAAUAUUAUAUUUGUACGCGAAAAAUGUAUUAAAACCGGCUGAGUAGUUCUCAAGUUUGAAUUAGUCACAUAAAAGCAGGUAAUAAACUCGUUUUUCUUACACAUAAAUAUUUUUAUAUCGAAAUACAUAUACAAAGGCGUAUUAGAAAAAAAUGACAAUCGCAAGACGGUUCUUAGUUUUAGUAUCAGCGGCGAGUUUGUACACAAUAAGGUACGCUUAAAACUAAUAUACACAAGGCAAUUAUUUAAAUUGUGUUUCUCCGAGGGCCGGAAAACUUGAAUUUCUGACAACGAAGCACCACGUGUUCGGUUAUCCUCGGAAAAACUUUUUCCAUAUUUGUACAAUAUACACAAUAGUAACGAAUAGAAUGGAAUAAUACGGAAAAGUAUCUUCGUGCGAAUCAAAUAUUGUCUUUGUCAAAUAUUUCGAUGUCACGAACCCGCCCUAGAUUUGAGCACUCAAUUUUCUAUGAAAAAAAAAGUACAUCGCGGAUGAGCUGUAUUUACAAGUGUAAUAAAUUUGAAACAGCAGUCUUGCCCUAUAUUCACGCUCAAAGGUCACACUCUCCGGUAAAUACUCAAAAAUUCGAAUACAAUUAGAGAAUAGAAUUGAAUUAUUUAAAAAAAAUCAUUGAAAGUUAUAAGUUUCCCAAAAUUAAGCAAUUGACUAGAAAAAAAAACGUAAUUUCUUCAAAGAGGAGCAAAAACUUCAUCAAAUGUACAAUUUUUCGAAAAAUAAAAAAAACACUAGUCUCUUGAGGAGUUGAAAGCCUGCAGAUCCGAGAGAAAAUAAUGUUAGUGUAGGAAAAUCUGACAAGCAAAGAGAAACAAAAGUUCUCUUUGCUUGCUCAAAAGAAAAAAUCGGAAUUUCACACUACCCUCUACAACCCACGUAAAAGUAUGCAAUCUUUGAUUUCUCAUACCUCGGAUGUGAGUUAUGAUUUUUGAACAUGAAUAUAUAUAACGGUGUCUUGAACGUAUGCUGAAAAUAAACACAAAAUCUAUACAAAAAA